UAUGGUCUUGAUGUACAUCUUUGAGACAUAUCUGGAUAUACGGCAACAUGCAUCUCUAAAGCUGCCAAUUCUUCCUAAACCUUUGGUUGGAGUGGUCAGUCAAGAAAAAGUUGAGAAUUCUCAAGCAUUUAGUCUUGAUAAAAGCAACUUCCACUUUAUUCAUGGGGCUGUAACCAUACUAAUGGAUACCACAAUUUUGUUCUUUGGUGUGCUGCCAUGGUUUUGGAAGAGAUCUGGAGACUUUCUGGUGCACAUGGGCCUUAAUUCAGAGAAUGAAAUACUUCACACCCUUGCAUUCUUAGGAGGUGUUAUGAUUUGGUCACAGGUGUGAUAUAAAAUCUUCCAAUGGUUCUCAAAUAUUUAAAUUGCACUUCAUUUUCAAAAAAUUGACUAUAGUUUUCAUGUCUCGUAGUACCCUUUUUCUUGUAUUUGGUGUGGAAACUUGAAUUUCAUUCAUGUAACCAUCAUGUGAUGAGAUAUCUCUUUUUUUUUUUCCUCACUGAGUUUGUGAAGUUGAGAAAUCUUCUCCUGUAAUUUUUUUCCUUUUUCUAAUGUGGACAUAUAAAACAGUACAUGGAUAUCCAUAUCCAACUUCACUAGUUAAAUAGAUUGAUUGUAUGUCCAACACAGUACAUAUUGUUAUUUAUUGUCAUUAAUAUAUGCGGGAUUGCAUGUACAUGCUAAAGUCAGCAAGGAAGUUCAUGCAAGGUCGAAGUCGUUUAGCAGGUGGCCCAUUGCCCCAGCUUGUAUGUGUCUUGGCCAAAAAAUUAGGAUAGUUAUGAUGUUG